GAUAAUCUGUACUAUUUACCAUCACGUGAGACUUGCUUUUAUUACAUGAAUCCAGACGAACGGAAGGAUCUGGAAUACGAAGAUGGCAUGCCGAUUUAUGAGAUCGUUUACCAGUAA